CCUCCAUCGAAAGCACUUUCGCUUUUCGGUAGAUUGCGCAGCCAACACGCCCACAAACAAAGCCAAAAUGACCUCGCGCAAACGCAACGACCCCUUCGAUCUCGCCGUCAGCGAUGACGACGAACAAGACCAGGGCUACGACUCGGCCGCCGACGAAGAAGCACAGAGCAAAGGCGCGCUGCGCUCCGCCAAACGGCGCCGCGUGAACGACACCCACAACCUGCACGGGCUGGACUCGGACAACUCCGAUCUCGAUGCGGCUUCGGACAGUGAGGAUGAAAAACCCAAGGGCAAGGGCAAGGCCAAGGCCAAGGCCAAGAAACCCACGACUCGCGCUGCUACGGACGCCUCCGGGGACGAAGAUGAAGACGAAGAAGACCUCGCAGGAGAGGAUGCCGCCGCCGCACCCGAAGACGCCGCUACUACUGCAUCGUCAUCCCAGAAGAAAUCCCCGGUCCUCAAGAAGGACAAGAAGAACAAGACCGGCGUCGUCUAUCUCAGCUCGCUUCCGCCGCAUCUCAAACCAUUCGCCCUCAAAAACCUCAUCGAAGCCCGCGGCUUCGGCCCGAUCACGCGCGUCUUCCUGACGCCCGAGACGAAGAAGCGGCGCACCACGAACAAGCGCAAGACCUACGCGGACGGGUGGCUGGAGUUCGCCAGCAAGAAGACGGCCAAGCUCUGCGCCGAGGCGCUGAAUGGCAACAUUAUCGGGGGCCGGAAGGGCGGGUUCUACCACGACGACAUCCUCAACCUCAAGUACCUGCGGGGCUUCAAGUGGAGUGAUCUCCAGGAGCAGAUCUCGCGCGAGCGGUCGGAGCGCGAGGCGCGGCAGCGGGCGGAGGAUUCGAAGGCCCGGAAGGAGGAUAAGGUGUUCUUGGAGGGGGUGGAGCGCGGAAAGGUGUUGGAUGGGAUGCGGAGGAAGAAUGAGGAGAAGGAGAGGCGGAGGUUGGAGAAGGACCAGGGAACUGUUGAGGGGGCUGCUGCUGCUGCUGCGGCAGGCAAGGAGAAGAAGGAUGCCAAUGUCAAGGUUCGGCGGGUGUUCAGGCAGAAUGAGGUCAAGUUGGGACGGGAUAAGAGUGCGGAUGAUUUCAAGGAUCUGGGGGCGGAUACGAAGCGGGUUCUGGGGAAGAUUUUCUGAGGCUGGUGUUGCGUGUUUGGUUGGUCUAUAUGAGUGUGUUGCGGGUGUAUUUGUUGUACAGGGAGCAUUUCUUGGCUUGAUUGGUUGGCUUAUCGAUAUCCCAAUGUUCAU